AUGGGUGGGAUAGACGUCGCCUCGGUGAUAACUUCAAUCAUCUCCGCGUUCGGUAGUGGCGUAGAUAUAUUUCAGCGGCUGAGUGGGAAAAAGCGGAAAAGUAAUGCAAGACAGCCUCGACCAGAAGAAGAGGAAGAAUGGUUGCGACACUCCUUGAAGAAACAACCUGUCGAGAUCAAACACGAGUACGACCAGCAAGUGGCCAAGUUCGGCCGUCGAUUUGAGCUUGGGGAUGGCCCGGCACAGUCCAGCCUGGCUCAUACUCUCCUGGUCCUGAACACCGGACUGAUCAACUUGAUCAACCACGCUUUGUCCGGGGACUCCAAAACAAUCUCAACGUCUCAGCGAGCCUUGUACAGCCUGUCCGAGACUGCAGCUGGCGACACCAUGGCCGCCCUUGCACAGCUAAGCUCACGCCUCAGCCUUGCCUCACCAUCAAGGCUAGCUCUCGAGGACAAAGACUUCCGAAAGGCCAAUGAGAAGCACGGUCGCAAGGAACGCCAUUCUGGUUCAUCGGCAACGUCCAAACAGACGAAGCGGCCGCCUCCAACACCACUGUUGGUCCGAGGCGGCUGGGUCAGAUCCAAGAGCGGGUCGUCCGUGGUGUCUGGAGCCAGUGCCAGGAAGGCUCGGACAGAGCAUGGAGCCAAGCAUCGGCGGUCGAAAUCUGACUCUGUGGUGGUGAAGUCGUCUCCUCCGAGCCCGGAUCGGCAAAAGACGAAGAACGAUGAUGCAGACCGGAGGACUUCGAAUCCGGUGUCGCAAAGCGCCAAAGGCCGUGUUGAUGGCAAUAAGACCUCAACAAGGCGCGAUUUAACCGAGUAUCCUCGGCCCCGAAGAGAGCCUAGCAUGCUCAUCAUGCCCGCCGAUUUCUUCGAAAGUAUGCAACCGAGUAUCGAGAGUAUUACCCCCCAAGGACCUCCGCCUCGACCACCGAAAGUCCCUAUUGAUAGUCGUCCCCUGCCAACACAAAGUCGAAUCCGACCUACAUCGACCAUGACAUUUAUGACCGCCAGCACAAAGAUAGGUGAGAUUCCUGAGGCCAGAUUUCACUCGAACGAAGAGGUCCAAUUGAGACCAGUGCCGUACACCAUACCACCACCACUCGAGCCGACAGAGCCGAGAAAGAAGAAGGGGUUCAAGUUUUGGAAGAGGGAAGAUAAAAGGUGUGACAUUGCGGCUUACUGA